UUGGGACCGAGUUGGGACCGCGUCGAGUUCUCGAGCUGUCUUGAGCUGCGGUCUAUGCUGACCCUGAAAGAAUUACCCUGAAAGAACUACCCUAAAAGAAUUCACGUCAACACUCCCUGACCUGACAGGCAAUCGCGCCACCCACCUUGGCCCAAGCCCAGCAAACGGCCUGUCUGUGCCUGUGCUAUCGCGCCGUCAGUCAACACCGCAUCGCCGUCGACUCGCCCCACCAAAUAGCUUCGUUCAGUCCGCCCCGACCGCCUCACCGCGUCGCCCCAACACGGCCCUAACCCGUGAAAUCAGCCACCACCCGCCGCCCCGACACGUGCGAUCCCCAGGGUGCUGGUCUCUGGCGAAGGCGAACGGGCCAACCGACACCCCUCACCUGUGCAUGGGGUCGAGCUUUUCCCGUGCUGUUCAUGAGCCCGGCAUAGCGACCGACCGGAGAAGGAACCCGAGAGAGGCCGCGGCAGCAAACUGACAAGGACACCACCCACGGCAAGCACCCUCGGCAAGCAGCCCCGACAGGAGAAGCCAGAGCCGCCGGCCGGAUGGCGGAACUACUACACAACCAGUCGAUCGUCAUCGACAACGGCUCAGGCACGAUCAGGGCGGGGUUCGCGGGGGAGGACCUGCCCACGUGCUACUUCCCCUCCUUCGUCGGCCGUCCCAAGCACACAAAGGUCCUGGCCGGCGCGCUCGAGGGGGACGUCUUCAUCGGCGAGCGCGCCGCCACGGAGCUGCGCGGCCUGCUCAAGAUCCGCUACCCGCUCGAGCACGGCAUAGUCACCGACUGGGACGACAUGGAGAAGAUAUGGGGCUACGUGUACCAGGAGGGCCUCAAGACGUCGCCCGAGGAGCACCCCGUCCUGCUCACGGAACCGCCAUUAAACCCCCGGGCCAACCGCGACACGGCGGCCCAGAUCCUCUUCGAGACCUUCAACGUGCCGGCGCUCUACACAUCGAUACAGGCGGUACUGUCGCUGUACGCGAGCGGGCGGACGACGGGCAUCGUGCUGGACUCGGGCGACGGUGUGUCGCACGCCGUACCCGUGUACGAGGGCUUCGCCAUCGCCAACAGCGUCCAGCGCAUCGACGUGGCCGGCCGCGACGUGACGGAGCACCUGCAGACGCUGCUGCGCAAGAGCGGCUACGUCUUCCACACUAGCGCCGAGAAGGAGGUGGUGCGCCUGAUCAAGGAGUCGGUCUCGUACGUCGCCCAUGACCCGCGCAAGGAGGAGAAGGAGUACGCGGCCGCCAAGCUGGACCCCAAGAUGACGGCCAAGUACACGCUGCCCGACGGGCACAAGCUCGAGAUCGGCCCCGAACGGUUCCGCGCCCCCGAGAUCCUGUUCGACCCCGAGAUCAUCGGGCUCGAGUACCCUGGCGUGCACCAGAUGGUGAUCAACGCCAUCGGCAAGACGGACCUGGACCUGCGCAAGGCCCUCUACUCCAACAUUGUGCUCUCGGGCGGUAGCACCCUGACAAAGGGCUUUGGCGAUCGACUCCUGACCGAGGUGCAGAGGCUGGCGGUGCGGGACAUGAGGAUAAAGAUCUUUGCCCCGCCCGAGCGCAAGUACUCGACCUGGAUCGGCGGCAGCAUUCUAGCAGGCCUGAGCACGUUUAGAAAGAUGUGGGUGAGCGUCGACGACUGGCACGAGAACCCGGAUAUAAUCCACACCAAGUUCAACUAAGGGACUUGUCAAACACCAAAACUUCAGGCAUGGUUGGGUCGGGUGUGGGGGGAGGUAAGCGAUUGGCAUCAAUGGGCCGGCGAGCGAAGCGGGAUCAACAAGGCGUCUGGCGAUGGCAGGGCUGCAUCUCUUCCGCCAAUUGGUGGGCAGCGUCUGUUGGCUUGUAGAUGCCCGGUUGUCGUGUAUCUUCAAGACAUGUUUUGCAACCUUGGACUAUACACUGACCACGAGCGUGAGAACGAAUGAUACCCACGGUUGACUGCUUGAGUUGGGUGUCACUUUACUGCAAUUCUGAUGUCAUUGCGUAUUUCAGCGUGUAAAUGUACAGUUAAAGAACAAAUCUGAAUAGUAAACAAAGACAAGGAAAACUCAUCGCCGUCUCUCGCUUUGGGGGGUAU